GACCUCCCAAUUUCUCUCAAGAACAAAACGCUUUUUUCUCCCAAUUGGUUGAUGAGCCGCUCAAAUUCAAUCGGUUGGGACGUCUUCUAACCCUAAUCAUCAAUUCCGUCUUCCUUUUCCGUCUCCGAUUCCGUCACAGAAGAAGAAGACAGACGUUCCAAGGGGGAGAUGGGGAAGUAUGCGGAGCUUUUGGAUGCGGGUGUUAGGAUUGCUUGCAGAUUCCAUUCUCACUGCCCCCAGACUGCCCGGAUGUAUUACCACCCUCCACCGCCCAAUGACGACGCCCACCACCACCAGCAUGAUGGGGUCUCCACCGGCGGCGCUACGAAGGAGGAGGCUGCGGCUCUGCUGGGGCGGUUUGGGUCAAUGGGUGCUGCCCCUGCCCGGAUUGACAUCACUGACUUCAUUCUUUAUACUAUUGCCUGAUUCAACAUAAAGAUAAACGAUUGUUAGACCUUUUACUUGCAGAUGCUGUAAAAUCUCUUAAAGGGAUUUUGAAAUUUUUGCCCUUUUUUCUAUUAUUUUCUUGGCACACAAAUUCAAGAUUCAAUUUUCCCUAAAUUAAGAUGUAAUAUAUAUUUUUUGUGGUUUGAUUGA